AAUUAAUCCACUAUGUACACCCCAUCCAUCAUCCAAGGGUUCCUCCUCGCCAUCACUCUGGUGUCCUCCUCCGAAGCUUCGCUCGGAAUCAACUGCCGCGGAUCAGCGAACUGCAACACCUUCGGCAACACCCAGAUGGCCUUCCAGCUCAAACGCGCCAUCGACGGCAUUGACCCCAACCGCUGGUAUAACAACGGUGAACACAUCGCCUGUGUCGGAUCCGGUGCUCGCAUCACCGGCAAUGGCGGAUUCUGUGCGUUCCUACAGAACACCGGUGGUAGCAAUGGUGCUGUGAUCAAGAGUCUGGCUCAUUAUAUCCCGGAACAUGGAUGCAAGGUUUGCGGAAGUGUGCCAUAUUACUAUCCUCAGGGUAAUAAUAAUGUGGAUGAUGGAGAGCUUACCUUUAAUUAUGUGGAUAACGCGUGUACGAAGGAUGAAGCCAAGCUUUGCUGAUGAAAUAAUCUAGAGGGGAUGGAACUGUCACUAACAAAAGUGAAGAACGUCUAAGGGUUCAUUUUUUCCUAUUCCAGUGUAUUGAUUAUACCUUAAGGGUAGUUACUAGUAAAAUUAAUGCUAUUUUCAUUGCUGCUUAA